CAAUGCAACUAACAAACUUAAAAAUAAUUAACCUUCGAAUUCAGACACUAAAUCUAAACUAAAAACCACAACUUCCUGAAAGGGUGGUUCAGUUUCCUGGUCCCUUAACCGGCUCUCUUUCUUCACUUUCUCUCGCCCAAAACAAACAACGCCCUCGUAUCUCUCUGUCGCCGUCUUCUCCGAUUUGACUCCGUGAGUUCUCUAGUCUCUUCUCUUGAGCUUCCUCAAGGUAAAUGGCUUGAAAGUCUCUUCUUUUACACAUCUUUCAUACGCAACCUUCUGUCUUUCUUGCAUGCUUUUAGAUAUUUAUCUUUUUGAGGUCGCUAGCUUGCCCUUUGGAUCUGAAAUCUUUAUGCUCUUUUAGCUAAGGAAUUCUGGGUUCCUUUUAUAUUUUCAAUUUUUUUUUCUAAAAUUAAGUCUUCUCUGUCCCGGAUCUCGCAUUGCGAACUCCAUUUGAUUUGUUAUUUGACUCCAUGAGGAACUCAGCUGGUCACUCCUUUCCCAUGUCUGUUAUCAUAUUCGCCUCCUUGUUAUUUCAACUCGUCUUAGCUGCUGAUUAUGUGCCAACUGAGAAAAUUCUCCUAAAUUGUGGUGAGAAAUCUGAGCUGACCGAUGACGAUAACCGGAAAUGGACACCGGAUGUUGGUUCCAAGUUUCUGGUGGGAGGUGGGACUAAUUCUGUCCCUUCCCAAGCUGCGACGCAAGAUCCCGCGGUUCCUGAAGUUCCUUAUUUGAGUGCCCGGGUUUUUCUUUCUAGCUUCACCUAUAGUUUCCCGGUAGUAGCUGGUCGGAAGUUUGUUAGGUUGUAUUUCUAUGCUAAUUCGUAUGAUGGCCAGAAUGCAACCAAUGCUUUGUUUUCAGUCACUUGUGGUUCCUAUACUCUUCUUAAGAAUUUCAGCGCUGCUCAAACGAGUGAAGCUUUGAAUUACGCCUUUAUUAUCAAGGAGUAUUCCAUCAAUGUGGAUGGCGACCAUUUGAAUUUGACAUUUAGUCCCUCUUCAACUCCUUCAAAUGCUUAUGCGUUUGUCAAUGGGAUUGAGGUUUUGUCAAUGCCUGAUAUUUACAGCAAUACUGAUGGAAUAACGAUUGUGGGUCAAAAUAAUCAAUUCACCAUUGAUAACAGCACGGCACUUGAGAAUGUUUACCGGUUGAAUGUGGGUGGAAAUGAUAUCUCGCCUUCUGGUGAUACAGGUCUGUUUAGGUCUUGGUAUGAUGAUCAGCCAUACCUUUUUGGGGCAGCAUAUGGAGUUUCAGGAGCUGCUGAUCCAAAUGUCACGCUUGAUUAUGGAACUACGCCCACUUAUAUUACACCAAAAAAUGUGUACACUACUGCUAGAUCUAUGGGGCCGAGUGCUGAAAUAAACGUUAAUUACAAUUUAACCUGGAUGUUCAGUAUUGACUCUGGAUUCUCUUACUUGGUUAGACUCCAUUUCUGUGAGUUUACGGAAAACAUCACUAAGAUUAAUCAGAGAGUGUUUGAUGUCUUCCUCAACAAUCAGACUGCCGACCCUGGUGUUGAUGUGAUUGCCCUGGCAGGUGAACAAGUUGAUGCUCCUGUGCAUAGGGAUUAUGUGGUCCUUGUUCCCCCUGGAGGGAGUCCACAGCAGGAUCUCUGGCUUGCAUUGCAUCCAUCCACAAGUCAAAAGCCCCAGUAUUAUGAUGCAAUCUUAAAUGGCGUGGAGAUAUUCAAGAUAAGUGAUCCAAAAAGCAACCUUGCAGGCCUGAAUCCCACCCCUGGUCCAAAACAAGGUGUAGUCGACCCAUCAUUGGCUUUGCCAUCUCCUCAAGGCCAUUCUGAGAACCGGAAGGCAAUUGUUGCUGGGGUAGUCAGUGGUGGAGUGGUUCUAGCUCUCAUAGUUGGUUUCUGUGUUGUUGCUGCUUCACGUCGCCGUAGGCAUGGAAAGGAUACGAGCACAAGUGAUGGUCCAUCAGGAUGGCUUCCUCUUUCUUUAUAUGGAAAUUCACACUCUGCAGGUUCAGCAAAAACAAAUACCACAGGGAGCUAUGCAUCCUCCCUUCCAUCAAACCUUUGCCGCCACUUCUCAUUUGCUGAGAUCAAGUCUGCCACGAAUAACUUUGAUGAGGCUUUACUUCUUGGGGUGGGAGGUUUUGGCAAAGUUUACAAGGGAGAAAUUGAUGGUGGGACAACUAAAGUUGCAAUCAAGCGUGGCAACCCACUAUCUGAGCAAGGUGUGCAUGAGUUCCAGACUGAGAUUGAAAUGCUUUCCAAACUCCGACACCGCCACCUUGUUUCAUUGAUUGGUUACUGUGAAGAGAACUGUGAAAUGAUCUUAGUUUAUGAUUAUAUGGCUUAUGGAACAUUGCGUGAACAUCUGUACAAAACCCAAAAGCCUCCUCUGCCAUGGAAGCAAAGGCUUGAAAUAUGCAUUGGAGCUGCUCGCGGUUUACACUAUCUCCACACUGGUGCCAAACACACAAUUAUUCACCGGGAUGUCAAGACAACAAACAUUCUUCUGGAUGAGAAGUGGGUGGCAAAAGUUUCUGAUUUUGGAUUGUCAAAAACUGGCCCCACAUUGGAUCAUACUCAUGUGAGCACUGUAGUGAAGGGUAGCUUUGGCUAUUUAGACCCUGAGUAUUUCAGACGGCAGCAGCUAACUGAUAAGUCGGAUGUCUAUUCUUUUGGGGUCGUCCUCUUUGAGAUCCUUUGUGCUCGUCCAGCAUUGAACCCUACACUUCCGAAGGAGCAAGUGAGCCUUGCAGAGUGGGCUGCACAUUGUCACAAGAAAGGCAUCCUUGAUCAGAUUAUGGACCCUUAUCUGAGAGGGAAGAUAGCACCAGAAUGCUUCAAAAAGUUUGCUGAGACUGCGAUGAAGUGCGUUGCUGAUCAGGGAAUUGAUAGACCAUCUAUGGGUGAUGUUCUGUGGAACCUAGAGUUUGCUCUGCAGCUACAGGAGAGCGCAGAAGAGAGUGGCCAAGGAAUUGGUGGAAUGGACAUUGAGGAGGGGGCCUAUGAUGUAACCUGUAAAGGCAAGAAAGACCCUAAUGCAUCCCUUGGUUUUGAUGGUAAUGUGACAGAUUCCAGGAGCAGCGGUAUGAGUAUGAGCAUUGGUGGUCGCAGCCUAGCUAGUGAAGACUCUGAUGGGUUGACACCUAGUGCUGUUUUCUCACAGAUCAUGAACCCUAAAGGGCGUUGAGAUCAGAAGUACAGAAGUGAUCGCAUUUGGGAAGAGCUCAGCUCCGACAGAAUCCGGUAAGCUGAUGCGCUUGCUGUUGUUGCUUGACCCACGGAAUGAAAAUUUGGCUUUCUUUAUUCGUAUUCAUUUACUUACUGUUAGCAUCAAUAUAUAUUUUUUUCACCCCUUCACUCGAUAUGUUUUGAUCAAGUCAGUUGUAAUUUGUAUCUAAAAUUUCCUGAAGAGUGUAAAAAAUAAUGUGUUGCACUGCCAUUUGCAUUUAACUUAUAGUCCUGCUUUGUUGUGUA